UUUCAAUAGGCACAUAGUGUACCGGCACUAUAAAAGACCUACCACCACUGUCCCAAGCAUUCAGUAGCUAUCGAGCAGUCUGACCAAGAAGUGCACGAUGAGAUUUCUGUUUGCUUUCGCCGCCGUUCUCGGCUAUGCGUCCGCUGGACUCAUCUCCCCCCUCGUCUUGGGAGUAAACCCGGGUGACGCUCAAGCCGCCGCCAUCGACGCUACCGUCGUUGCCACCGACACCGCCCGCGCUGUCGGCGAGGGUCAAGCCCGCGCCGCUGAAGCCGCAAUCCAAUACAACACAGAAGCCGUCCGUCAAGCAUCCGAAACAGCUCGCGACAUCAACGAGAACGCUUAUUGGGGUGGAGUCGCUGCCAGCCAGAACUUAGUCGCCGCUGCCCAGUCCCAGGCUGCCGCUCUUGGCGGAGCCGCCGCUGCCGUCAGAGCCGCCCAUGUCGCCGCCCCCUUGGCCGUCUCCCCCUACGCUGCUGCUCCCCUAGGUCUCGCCCCUCUUGGAGUCUCCCCCUACGGUCUCGGCGUAGCUGGUCUCGGCGUUGCCGGUCUCGGCGUCCACGGACUGGGCCUGCGCGCUUGGUAAAUCGAUAACCGUUUCGAAAUAACUGUUAUUUCGAAUAUACGUUAUUCGAAAUAACAGUUAUUUUUGAUAGAGAUGUUCGUCGGCGUUAAUUGAUGAAUUAUCGCUGGCAACAUUGCCAAUAUAAUUGACAGUGUUGCUAGUUGAUGAUUAGUAGGCGCGUAGUGUUGCCACUCACCUCAAAAUAGCCUUACAUAAUGGAAGGGAAAUUGCUCAAUGGAACACAAAGGUCUCAGUAAGUAACUCUCUUUGUAAAUAAAUCUCAUGCCAUCACUGCCAAAGUGUAAAUAAACACAUUUUUAUAAACCA